AAUUCCAUAUUUGGAACUAAAGAGAAGUAAGAAUGUGUAAAAAUUCAUAUAUUUAAAACUGUCACGAAUUAAAGAUUUAUAGUGUAAGAACUAAAUCAGGAUGCAGUUGAGGUAUUUGAAGAAUAUCCAGGAGGUUCAAGAUGGAGCUGCUAAAAUCACAGCCAUGGCCUGGUCUAAUAAUAACAUGAAACUAGCAGUCUGUACUGCAGACAGGGUAAUUAUGCUAUUUGAUGAUACUGGGGAAAAGAGAGAUAAAUUCAGCACUAAACCUAUUGAUGCUAAAUAUGGGAAAAGAAGUUACAUUGUAAAAGGUUUGGCUUUUAGCCCUGACUCUAACAAGCUGGCUGUAGCGCAGACAGAUAAUAUCGUCUUCGUUUACAAAAUUGGAGACGACUUUGGGGAGAAGAAGGUAAUUUGUAAUAAGUUCAUACAAACGAGCGCAGUGACCUGUAUAGCCUGGCCGUCAGCUGGUCCUAUUGUGCUGGGGUGUGCAGAUGGAAAGGUCCGAGCAGCGCACUGCAAAACAAACAAAGCGCAGACGUUGUACAGUACUGACAGCUAUGUGUGUAGUAUUGUAAGUAAUAACAAUGGAACCGGUUUUAUAUCAGGACACGCGGACGGAUCUAUUGUCAGAUGGUAUGUAGCGGAAGAUCCAAUGGCUAAGAAGCAAGGCAAGCUUGUUGUUCACUCAAUAUCUCCGUACGCCAUGGCCUGGACAUCUCAGCAUAUCUGUGUAGCAGGCCCGGAUAAAAAAGUAGUUUUCUACACGGCAGAUGGAAUGCUGGCUCAGCAGUUUGAUUAUUUCAGAGACAUUAACGAGAAGGAGUUUACAACCAUGUGUUGCAGCCCUAGUGGUCAAGCACUGUGUGUCGGAAGCUAUGAUAGAUUGAGAAUUUUCAGCUGGAGCCCGAGAAAAAACUUGUGGGAAGAAAAUGCCUCAAAGGAGUUUAAGUAUUUGUAUAGCAUUACUGCGCUUGCUUGGAAGAAGGAUGGAUCAAGGAUAGCUGUUGGAUCUCUGUGCGGUGGGGUUGAACUAUUUGAGUCGGUCCUAAAAAGAUCUGUGUGGAAAAACAAGUUUGAGCUGACCUAUGUAGGUCCAAGUCAGGUUCUAGUAAAAGCUUUGACUCCUGGAGCCAAGGGAGUAAUCCUGAAAUCCUUAUACGGAUAUGAGAUUGAGGAUGUAAAGAUAAUGGGAGGAGAAAACUAUCUAAUUGCACACACACCUGAAACCAUGCUACUUGGAGACCUGCAAAAAAAUCUUUUAAGUGAAAUCCCAUGGGCUAACUCUGGUGGCAAUGAGAAAUACUAUUUUGAGAAUGAUAAUGUUUGCAUGAUAUUCAAUGCCGGAGAGCUGAGUCUGGUUGAAUAUGGUAAGAAUGAAAUUUUAGGCUCUGUGAGGACAGAAUUUAUGAAUCCCCACCUUAUAAGUGUGAGGAUAAAUGAAAGGAAACAGAGAAAUGUAGAGGAGACUAAAAGACUUGCAUAUCUGUUAGACCUAAAAACUAUCUCACUUGAAGAUUUAGUCUUUGGAUAUAGUCUUGGUCAAAUAACUCAUGAUUCAAAGAUAGAUUGGAUUGAAUUGAAUGAAACAGGAAAAAAGAUUCUUUUCAGAGAUAAACGAUCAAGACUCAAUCUCAUGGAUGUUGAAACCAUGCAGAAGAUUUCAAUUCUAAACUACUGUACGUUUGUUCAGUGGAUUCCAAAUUCUGAUGUGAUUGUAGCACAGUCCCGGGACAACAUGUGUGUUUGGUAUAACAUAGAUGCACCUGAGAGAGUUACUAUGCUACCUAUCAAAGGAGACAUUGUUGAUGUAGUCCGGGAGGAUGGAAAAACUGAAGUUGUUGUUCAAGAGGGAACCCACCAAUUCAGUUAUGAACUUGAUGAAGGUCUUAUUGAGUUUGGAACUGCUAUAGAUGAUGCUGAUUUUAACAGAGCUAUCACAUUUUUGGAAUCCCUUGAGAUGACUGCUGAAACUGAGGCAAUGUGGAGAACGCUGGCUAAAUUGUCUCUUGAGAGCAAGCAGCUGCAGAUAGCUGAAAGAUGUUAUUCUGCCCUAGGAGAUGUGUCUAAAGCUAAAUAUCUCCGAGAAACUCUUAACAUUGGAGAAACUGCUGCUGAAACAAUGUAUGGAGGAGAUGCUAUGGACACACCAGAGGUUUGGGCAAGACUUUUCAUACUGGACAAGCAAUUUAAAGCAGCAGAGGGAAUAUACUUAGAACAAAAUCAGAUUGAGACUGCAAUUGCUAUGUACCGUGACCUGCACAUGUGGGAUGAAGCUCUUUCUUUGGCAGAAGCUAAAGCUCAUCCAGAUUUGGAAGAACUUAAAGAAAACUAUACCCGUUGGCUAAUGGAUACAAACCAAGAAGAGAAGGCUGGUCAAAUGAAAGAAAAUGAAGGAGAAAUUUUGGAGGCUUUAAGUCUUUAUCUAAAGGCUGGCAUGCCAACCAGGGCUUCAAGACUGAUUCAAAGUCAAGAAAGGCUUCUGAAUGAUUCAGAUCUAGUUUCAAGAGUAACAGCUGCUCUUCUCAAAGGAGAAUUUUUUGAGCAAGCUGGCGAGUUGUAUGAGAAGACUGGACAGCAAGAAAAUGCUCUUGAAUGCUACAGGAAAGGCGAAGGAUUCGCCAAAGCAGUAGAGUUAGCUCGGCAUUAUUUCCCUACAGAAGUUGUUAGUCUAGAGGAAGAAUGGGGAGAUCUUUUGGUCAGGAAUAAGCAACUAGAUGCUGCCAUUAAUCAUUACAUAGAAUCAGGAAAGACUAUUAAGGCACUGGAUGCUGCCAUAAAUGCCAGACAAUGGAAGAAGGCAGUUCAAAUUAUCCAAGUUGUAAAUGAUGAUAGUGGAGAGUUAAACAAGUACUUUUUCAAACUUGGGCAACAUUAUGCAAGCUUGAGAGAGUAUAAAAUGGCUGAAAAAUUCUUUUUAUCUGGAAACUUUAAAAAGCAUGCGAUUGAAAUGUACAAUAGUGCUGGGAAAUGGGAACAAGCUCAUCAGCUUGCAUCACAGCAUCUGGAUUCAAAUGAGGUUUCAACAAUGUAUGUGGGGCAAGCACAAGAACUUGAACAACAAGGGCGUUUUAAGGAGGCAGAAAAACUGUACAUCAGCGUACAUGAACCUGACCUUGCAAUAUCAAUGUAUAAGAAGCAAAGACAGUAUGAUAACAUGAUGAGAUUGGUGCAAACAUACCAUCCUGAUCUUGUACAGUCAACACAUACCCACCUUGCACAAGAACUAGAGGGUGAAGGUAAUCAUAAAAGUGCUGAAUCUCACUUUGUUGAAGCAGGAGAUUGGAAGUCUGCUGUGCAUAUGUAUCGGGCAGUGGAUCUUUGGGAGGAUGCAUACAGGGUUGCUCAAAAGCAUGGAGGUCCACAUGCUUCAAAGCAAGUUGCAUUCCUGUGGGGUAAAACUUUGGGAGGAGAAUCUGCAGUAAAGCUUCUGACAAAGUUUGGUAUACUAGAACAGGGAAUAGACUAUGCUUGUGAAAGUUAUCAGUUUGAGUUUGCUUUUGAGUUAGCAAAAAUAGCUAUGAAAGAGAAAAUUGAGGAUAUUCACUAUAAAUAUGCUAUGGCUCUGGAGGAUGAAGGAAAGUUUAAGGAGGCUGAAGAUCAGUUUAUCAAAGCAAAGAAACCAAAGGAGGCAGUGCUCAUGUUUGUUCACAACCAGGAUUGGGAUUCUGCUCAAAGAGUGGCUGAGGAACAUGAUCCUGACAGUGUAUCUGAUGUUCUUGUUGGACAAGCAAAGAAUGCAUUUGAAGGAAAAGAUUAUCAUAAGUUUGAAUCUUUAUUGCUUAGAGCACAACGUCCAGAACUUGCCGUUAAACAGUAUAAAGACAAUGGCUUGUGGCCUGAAGCAUUAAGAGUCUGUAAGGAGUAUCUUCCUAACAAACUAAGAGCUCUUCAAGAUGAGUAUGAGAGAUCUAACAUGACUUCUGGAUCCCAGGGAGCUGACGGGCUCUUAGGUCAAGGAAGAAAGUGGGAGGAGAGUGGGGAAUAUCAAAGGGCUCUUGAAUGCUACUUAAAAAUUGAUUCUUCAAAUGUUAAAGAUGUAAAUGUACUAUCUGCUGCCUGGACUAAAGCUGCUGAGUUGGCAAUUAAGUUCUUAGAGCCAGACAAAGCUGAAGAAGUUGCAACUGUUGUAGGCCCCAGACUGGUUGAAAUUGGAAAGUUUAGUGCAGCAGCCCAACUUUACCUUGGGGUAGAAAUGGUCCGUGAAGCAAUAGAUGCUUUUAUUUCAGGCGAAGAAUGGGCAAAAGCUAAAAAGGUAGCAAAGGAGUUGGAACCUAGAUUGGAAGGAUAUGUUGAUGAGAAAUACAAAUAUUUUUUGAAAAAUGAAGGAAAAGCUGAGCAACUUGCAAAUGUUGAUAUUAUAAGUGCUCUUGACAUGUAUGUGGAGCAAGGAAACUGGAACAAAGCAAUUAACACAGCAUCAAAUCAUGGACCUGAAGUCUUGCAUAAGUAUGUUGCAAUGUAUGCAACACAAAUGAUCAAAGAUAGGCAACCUGAAAAUGCUUUGGAUCUUUACAAGCAAUAUGGAACUCCACCAUAUCCAGCUAAUUUCAAUAUCUACAAGCGAAUUGGAAUUGAUCUCUUCUCAUCUGAAAAUAUGAGUACUGGAAAUUCAUAUCAGAUUUGGGCAUCACUCAGGGACAUGUACUUUGGCUUGGUGGAGAAUUUGUCAAGUACAAACUCAGGAGGUCAGGCACUGGAAGAGUUUAACGUACUUCUUCUUAUUUCCCAUUAUUAUGCUAUGAGAUCAGCAACAGUACAGCACAAGCAGCUGGAGGAAAUAUCCACUAAAGUUGCCAUUUCUUUACUUCGGCAUAGUGAUGUGAUACCAGCAGACAAGGCAUUCUAUGAUGCAGGGAAUGCCUGUAAAAGUAUUGGUUGGGAGAAUAUGGCGUUUGUAUUUCUCAACAGAUACCUUGAUCUUUACGAAGCAAUUGAAGAAAGAUCUUUAGAUCUUUUGGACAAUACAGAUUUUGUUGGAACAGAUAUUCCCUUUGAGAUCCCACUACCAGAUUCUCCAAGUCUCAGCGAUCGAGAGCAUGAAGAGGUUAAAGAAUGGGUUCUAGCAAUCUCAAUGGAUCAAAAGGUUGAACAAACUCUACCAAUUGAUUCCAGAAUGACCUAUGAAGCUUCCCUGGUAGCUUCCGGAUCAGGAGCUGUCUCCAAACCAUGUAUUGUUACAGGAUAUCCGGUUCUUGGAUCUAGGAUUGAAUUUGCCCGUGGUAUGCUGGCAAACAAAGAGGAUUGGAACAAAUUAGUCAUGGCGGCCAAAAUGGUGUCCGAUGCUAAUAUUCAGGAUGUGCUAAAGUUUGUUUCCAGCUGGUGUGGAUUGGGAGGAAAUACUCCAAAUUAUGCAUUUCAUUAAAUUUUUUUUCUCACUCUUUUUUCUUAAAACGAUGUUAUGUUAUGGACAGUGGGGCCCAUGAUACUGUGGUAAUGAGAGACAUUAAGCAAUUGUAUGUGUACUUGAUGCCGUUGUUAAGCAAAUAGUUUCAACAUUAGCACUUGUAAAAUUAAAGGGUCUGUGUAAACUACACAAUUUCUGUGUGUCAUGUCCAGGCCAAUUUUAAAAUCAUAUAAAUGUUUGCUGAAGUCUAAUAAUUGUCUUUCUAUUCCACAGUUCCACAGUCACGCAAAAGUUUUAAACAAUAAACUUGAUUAAAAGAUAAAAGGUACAGUGGUUGUCAGAAUAUAUUGGAAUACAAAGCUAAUAUGAAAUAAAUGUGCUUUGCCACAGUUUUAUCGGUAUCACUGUAUUUCACAGAUAAAAUGAAUAAUAUUUGUGUUGACUCUAUACUUCCCAAAUAGAUUUUGUACAAUAGAUGGCAACGUAGAAUUUGUUCACUCCCAGUACAGCUGUAUUCUUACGUCACAAGUGCCAACUCAAUU